GGGGAAACGGGCCCCGGGUUGGUGUUUGUAAACUUGCCUCAGUCCCGGCGGGGGCAGUGGCGGCCGCGGGGUUGGCACGGUUUGCUGGGGCCUGGAGGAGGCGCCGCGUGGCGGGGGAGACAGUGAGAGGCCACGCCUGGCAGGUUUCCGAAACAGAUCGUGAGCCUCAACGAGAGAAUUCAACUGGAAAACCAAGACUGGCAGACUCUUUUUCAGACAAUAGGCAGGAGGCAGGCAGAGUCCAGGGAUUCUUGGAACACCUGUCUUUACUUCGGAGGACACUAAGUUCUAUUUGAAGGCAAAGGCAGUUCAAUAUGGCAGCAGGACUGAAGGGACACAAAGGAGUCGUUACAGUGAUUUGGUGACAGUUCUUCAAGCUACAGUGUCUUAAGGAAAAGUGGAUUAAGAAACUCCUGAACAUUUGGGGUUGCAUUAAGUGAGAAAUCAGCAUGGCUCAGGCAAGUCUCCUGGCUUGUGAAGGCCUAGCAGGUGUGAGUCUGGUUCCCACUGCAGCCAGCAAGAAGAUGAUGCUGAGCCAGAUUGCCAACAAGCAGGCCGAGAAUGGCGAGCGGGCAGGUAGCCCUGAUGUCCUGAGGUGCUCGAGUCAGGGCCACCGAAAAGACAGUGAUAAGUCCCGGAGCCGCAAAGAUGAUGACAGCUUGGCUGAGGCCUCUCAUUCAAAGAAGACUGUUAAAAAGGUGGUGGUAGUGGAACAAAAUGGUUCUUUUCAAGUAAAGAUUCCCAAAAAUUUUAUUUGUCAACACUGCUUUGGAGCCUUUAGGAGCAGUUACCACCUCAAGAGGCACAUCCUCAUUCACACUGGUGAGAAGCCAUUUGAGUGUGAUAUAUGUGAUAUGCGCUUCAUCCAGAAGUACCACCUGGAGCGCCACAAGCGUGUACACAGUGGUGAAAAGCCUUACCAAUGUGAACGGUGCCAUCAGUGUUUUUCUCGGACAGAUCGAUUACUCAGACACAAACGGAUGUGCCAAGGGUGCCAGUCCAAGACUUCCGACGGGCAGUUUUCUCUAUAGGUGCAAGGGGCCCCAGGUGGUGGGAGUGAUCAGAAGAAUCUACCGAAGAGCUCACCCCCUCUGGUCGAUGGUCCCACCACCACCCUGUCUGUAUCUGCCCCCUCCUGGAGGAGUGGACCCAAGAGACCAGAAGAGUACAUCAGGGGACAGAAGCCCCAGAGCCUCAGUUCUGUAAAUAAUCUGAGACUAUGAGUAUCUCGGGGAAGUUCUACAGCAUUCCUGGGUGGGCGAACUAGUCUCUGGACCCUUGGCUGAGGUUGUAAGAGGGGGACUCAAGGUACAGGACCAAGACUGAAGUGUGGCUCCCACAACCUUGGACUCCAGCUGGCAGCUGAAAAGGAAAAGAUUGGGGAAAAGAA